AUGUCCAAACUGACCAAGGUCUCAAAAACUGCUCUGAGCGAAUUAGACGCAUGGAUAGAAGGGAUCGGGAAAAAUCGGAUAGAAGCGGCUGGUUCAUCUGUUUCGGAAUUCAAAUUUGCCAAAUGUCGGGUUCGUCAGUUAAAAGGACCGAAUUACUUCCCGGAACUUGGUGGUUGUUCAACGGAAGACUCGAAAAAUCCGGACGUUGGUAGUGUUGUUUACUGGAUGAUACGUGAUCAGCGAGUCCAAGGUAAUAUAAACCAUCCAUUUCGGUUCCCAUUCAUAUUACGUACGUCUUUGUGUAAUUGA